UCAUCAAUGAUCGGGAGAUUGAGACGGGGUGUAAACUCUGGGAGUAUUUUCCAACAAUUUACUGGUAUAAACCUACGGAGAACUAAGAAUCUUCCUAGAACGGUCAGAUGGUUAUACGAUGAGUUGGAAAUGGAGACAAAUCAACUUAAUAGGAACAAUAAAAUCUGGUCAAAGUAUUUGCAAUGCGUUGAAUCAAAUCAAGCUGCUUUUCUACCACAAUCAAUACAUCAGUUCGUUUUACAGAGAUGUACAAAUAAGCCACCAAAGAAGUUCGAUCGGAGUGUGAUAGAGAGGUACUUACACAAUCAAGAUAGAUUGAGAUUCACUAUUGAUCAAAUGCGUAUCAAUAAUUUUAAGCCGACCUUGGACGAUUAUAAGUUCAUCCUCGACCGUUUCGCUUUAAUGGGUUCACGUAGUGGUUGUAGACGAAUUAUGAGAGAAGUCCUCGAUAAUGGUCUACAACUUGACUUGGAGUGUUAUAACACAACUUUGAUGGCUUACGUGAGGUGGAUACAUCGUCAAAAGAGAAAUAAUCAUCAAGAUACUCGUCCUCAAAGGAUUAUCAGUGCAGAAAUUUCUGGUUUGCUAGAAGAAAUGGCCAAAAAUUCUAUACAGCCGAAUGAAGAUACAUACAAUUACGUAUUAUCAAUCUUGAAGGAUAUCCAAGACUUUGACGGCCUUAUCCAACUCUUAGAAUCAACUUAUGGUAUUGAUAUUAGCAACCCAGAUCAACAGCCAAUACAAUUUUUAGAUUUCCACGCACAAAAUCCUGAAAUCAUACCGCCAAAAGUUUCUCCAUCUGUACUUAGAAGUAUAAUAGAUGCAGUUGGAAAUCAUAGCAAUUUGAGUACACUUAUUAGUGUAUUUGAAGCUCUCGUCAAUCCAAUCACAAAAGAUGGUAUCCAAACUUAUGUUUGGAAGGUCACCCCAGAGGAGGCAUCAACGUCUCAGGUUUCAAUCAAAGGUAAAAAUCUUUCAGUUUCGGUGCUUGAUAGAUUGUUAUAUCAUAUAACCCAAAAGGGGCCAUCGUUCUUGGUUAAACACUACCUACAAUACGCAAUGUGGGCAUAUAAUGAAGAAAAAGCCAAUAAUAUGGCAUAUAGAAAUAGUAUACUAGACAAUGCUUCGUUAGAUUCAUUAAAGCAUGCUCAUAUGAGAAUACCACGUAUAUUCUUCUCUGCACAAUUACUCACUUCAAUCAGAAUAGGUGUCCUUGAUCAUCAUGGUAUUAAAAUAGGUGUAAUAAGAUACCUUAUUGAUAAAUUACCAAUGAUUAUACAAAGCCAAGAAGAGGAAUACCAGGAACUGGCCAAUUGGACAAAAGAAUAUGAGAGUAAAGUUAAUGAACUACUAACCAAUGAAGAAGCAACAAAAAUGGACAAUGAAACUUUUGAUAACUUACUAAGUAAAUUUGAAACUGAUAUCAAAUUACUGAAUGAGCGCGCUUCAACUCUUAAGCUUCACAAUAGAUUCUUAAGAGUAGCUGGUAACACAUGGAUGCCAAAAGUAUGGGAACAAGUUGCAUCAAGAAGGCGACAAAGUCGUGAGAAAGUUAGACUUCAAGCGGAGAAGGAAGAAAGAGAAGAGAAAGCAAAAACUCUUCAAGAUGAUUACUUUGUAGCUGCUUCUGCCCCUGUAUCAUGAGACAAUAAAAA